GACACAGGGACCACAACUGACAUGAGGGCUGCGUUCCUGGUGCUGCUCCUCUGGGCCGUGGCCUGUGCUCACCCUGUGCCUGGCCAUGAACCCACCCACCUCAGCACCCUGCAGGAGGAUACCACAAAUGAAGAUUACAUGGGCAAGCUGGGCAACCACCUAGAUAGCAGAGAUGGCAGACAUCCUCCUACCGGUCCAGAGACAGGGGAAAAUGCCCUUGCCAGGGACCUGACAGGUGGGAAAGCUGUGGAUGAGGAGCCACGUGAGCUCAGAGGCCAAGACAUGGAAGGCCGAGUUGGGCAGGCUCAGCACAUGAACCAGGUGGACCACGAGGACAUGGACACCCAUAAUGGGAAUGACCUUGGUUUCCUGGAGGCGGAUGCACGUGACACUGAUGAUGGUGACAACGGAGACCACUACGGCACCGGAGCCAACGCGUUUCCCUCCCAUGGCGGCGGGUUCCUGGACGAGGAGGACGACAGUGGGGAUGACACCUUCGAUGCCAAUGGGGAAGAGGAGAGGGGUGAAGGCCCCACCUACGUGGCUGGUGCUGAUGGGGCAGGGGAACAGGAGCACGAGGCUGGCCGUGGGGAUGCCGGGGCUGGCGGGGGACACGGUGACAGCAGCAGCAGCAGCAGCAGUGAGAGCGGAGGGGCAGACCAUCGGCGCUACAGGAACUACAGAUUUGGGCACACCUACAGACACGGAGGAGCCAGCAGCAGCAGCCAGGAAGAGGAGAGCUAUGACUUCCAGGAUGAAGCCAUGCAGGGGGAUGAUCCCUCUGUCUUUGACGGCCCGGGCAGCAGCUACAGGAUGCGCCACGCUGGACCCCGUGCCCUGGGGAACAGCUGGGAGAGUGCCCAGGGGGCUGGUUCCCACCUCUGGGAGGAGGGGGACAGCAGGUCCCCCGAGGUAGAGGAUGGUGACUCUGGAGAAGACAGCCCAUCCGUGGAGGACAACAGCCAGUCAGAAGAGCCUGUUGACAGCCGGUCAGAGGAAAAAAGCUCCAGCAGCUCCAGGGAGGAUGGGGAGGAUAGCCCCUCCAGGGAGGAUGAAGACAGCAAAUCCAGGGAGAGCACUGAUGAGCAGUCAGAUGAAGAGCCAGGGGAGACCCCGGAGGUGGUGAGAACCUUGAAUGAGCACAGCAACAGCCAGACGUGGGAAGGGCAGGAGGACUGGGACUCUGCUGAGGACAGGAGUGUGCAGUCCACACCUGACAGUGAGUCCAGGGAAGAAGAGGGUGAACUGAGCAAGUCCAAGGAAGAUGAUGAUGACCAGAGCCAGUCCACAGAGGACACUGUAGAGGAGUCAGAGGAGGAUGAGAAGGACUCUGUGCCGAGCACAUCAGCUGAGAGCCCAGAGUCCCCGGAGGAUGACAGCAGCCCAGAGGACAACACAGGUGAGGACAGCAGGUCCACAGAGAGCAACAACAGCGAGUCCCAGGAAGACGACAGCGAUGGCGACGUGGACAGCCACUCCCAUGAGGAUGCCACCCGUGAGUCCAGCAGCCAUGGUGAUGACAGCUCCCUGCAGAGCCUGGAGAGCGAAGGCCGCAAGCGGCGGCCGGGCGCCCUGCGCCACAGACCCGCUGCUGACUACGAUGACAAUGACUGCCAGGACGGGUACUGA